AUGCAUCUUUUUUGGCCGGUUCUUAAUUCUAACCAUAGGUAGGUCAAUUAUUUAGUGUUUAGUGUCUGUCUCAAAGUCUUUGUUCCUUUUCUGUGUGUGCAAGGUGUUUCGUGUGGGGUGGACAUACAUCAAACACACACACACACUCUCACAUAGACAUACACACACAUAUGCACACGCACACACUGGCCUGUAAUCUGCCUCCAUGAAUCCCCCUCCCAUCCGGCACUCAGCUGAUUCUCUCCUCAUGCCGUGUCAUCCUCACAUCACUCCCCUCCUCCUGCACACUCUAAUCUACCUUUUCUCACUUUGUUUUUGUUCUCUUCAGCCACAGUGACUCAUCAAGCACGCAAAAGGACCCGCUGCUUCCUCAUGUACAAGUCUGUUUUUCCAUUAAAGUGCCUCAAACACCUCCUUUGUCGCUCAUUUGUCCUCUUUUUAUGUCUGUUUGUCCAAACCGAGCAUCAAUUCUGCAAUAAAUUCUGUUCUCAUCGAGCCGCGGUGCGUUCAAGUCCCCCCCCUCUUUCUUUUUAAGUGUUUAUCAGGUGAAGGUCAAACUGAGCGAACGGCCUGAUUCAUGAGCAACAGUGCUCUGUUGUUGCAAAGGCCGGCUCUUGUCCAUUCUGUCUGGGUGUCAUCUGUGUUUAUACACUCCUCCCGCUGCCCUCUCUCCUCCCUCUCUCUCUCUCUUUCCCUCUCUUCCCCCUCUCUCUCUUUCUCUGUCGUCUCUUUUUCCCACUCAGACAGACACAAGCACUCAAAGAGAAUGGACUAAGAGGAAAAAAAUAACCUUACUGAGGAUUUUUCUCCCUUUUCUUCCUCCACCAUCACUUUUUUCACCAACUUUUCGCUUCAAGCUUGAGUCUCUUUCACCACCUCUCUCCUCGUCUUCUUUUCUCUCUGUCUUUCGAUCACUUCUCUGAAUUGAUCCACUCAUUGCUUCACUUCUCGUUCCAUUUUGUUUUCAUUUUCAUUUGUCCCACCGCUCACACUUGCGCGUCACCGACUCGCCUGCAUCAGAGAGGAGUCGCUCUUUAUUUCACAUUUCGGUGACGUGCAACUUUAUCACCUCCACUACCUCCAUUUAUUGAAAUACAAAGGAGGCAGAUUAUUCACCAAUAAUCCUUUGCAUUUCAGGACUAUCACACUCAAAACGAAUUUAUCUGACAGCAAAGAAACUGAAUAAUAUGGUGUGUUAGUGUGUGUGUGUGAGAGAGAGUGUGUCACAGCAAUAGACAGAUGCAUAGCAAAGUGAAACGAACCACACAACUCAUUUCUUUGUCCAUCUCCUUUGUUUAUAUUUCCACCUUUUUCCUGAAGGAGAUUUAAUGCCUCUCCUCUUCAGUGCGUGAAGAUAAUGGGAAGUGGGACUUUUGAUCAACUACCACCAUGAUAAAGGCACUCUGGAUUUAGCUGUUUUCCUGUGGAAUUACCCUUUAAAUCCUGGAUUCGACCCCCUAAUGAAAAAAUGAUAAUCAGUCAUUAAAAACUGUCCUAAUUCUGGACUUUUCUUUUUGACUCCUUUUUCUAAUGGACUGAAGCUGAUUUCAAUAUUUCUUUUUCCAACUAUUCAAUCUUAAUGGGAUUUCACUAACGCGGAUUAAAGACUCAAGCAACUUCUUUGUCUAUUAGUCGAUGUAUUAGCCCUGAUUCGUACAUUUCUCCAGCCUCCAAAACCAAUUAAAAUCAAUACUUUUUAAUGUUAAGGUUGUAAUAGGUGAGUACAGUGCUUGAAUAUACACAUGCUAUUUCUUUUGCAUGGAUGAUGUAGAUUUCAAACGUAAUAUUUCCUAUAUUGAGCCACUUUUUGUGCAUGUAUGUUUGUAUGUGUGCAUAUGCAUCCUGAGGUAUGUGUGUGUAUGACGGCGGUUCAGGGGAAAUUUAAGCUGACCCCUCUGCACGACUCACCACCAUCCAUUCUUUCUACAUAAAAAUGUUUAAAUCUGCUCGACUAAUAUGUUUAAGGUCAUAUUCCAAAAAAGAACAUUAGGGCCAGGGGUGAGGACAAAAUAAUUUCAAGAGGAAGAUUUGUCUUUCAUGAUGUAUUGAUAUAAUCAAUUCAAAAUGUCAAGAAUCAAGCCAAAAUGUUCAAAAAAAAAAAAAAAAAGAAAUUGUGAACAAGGUUGAAACUCUGGGGUAAAAAGAGUUGAAAUGCAUUCAAUUUGAAUAAAGUCAUUUUUUGUUGAUAAAGUAUUGUUAAGUUUCAGAGAGGAACUUUUAGUUUUGUUGAUUUUGGCGCCCCCUGUGGACAAAGUAGUACCCUUUGAUAUGUAUCACUUUACAUGAAUAUUUGCUGAGGAAACAGUUCUCUGUCAAUCAUCCUGACUGACACCUACCACCUGCAGGAGUCUCUGGCAUUCAAAAAAAACUGAAAAAUGGUCAUCCAGCAUUGCUGAUGGUGUCGUUCACCAAGUUGUUGCUCGACUUGUAAAAAUUCCUAAUAGUAGCUUUAAUAAAGUAAAAUUUCCUGGACAAAGGCAAAAAACAAUUUCUUGAGAAAAGUUGAAAUUUUGAGGAAAAAGUCAAAGUACAAUUAUGUGAAUACAGUUAAAAGAACAAGAAAUAAAUGAAUACCCAAUUAUUAAGUUCAUAUUUGAUGUCAAGUCAAAAUAAGUUUUGUGAAUUAAGUUAAAAUAAGUUUUGAAUAAAGUACAUUUUCUUAAAUAAUGUCAUAACUUCAAGGAAAAAUUCAAAUAAAACAUUCUUGUGAAAGUGGGAAAAAGUUGAAAUACUGUACAGUCUUCAAUAAAAUUGAAAUAAUGAAAUAAAAGGGAAAAAAAUUAAUACGUAAGGUCAAAAUUGUAAAAGAAAUAGGUCAAAAGUUGAAAGUUGACAUUUUUAGGGAAAAAACAAAACAAAAACAAUUUUAUGGAUAAAAUCACGAUAGAGAGAAAAAAAAUCCAUAUAAAAUUUAAACAUAAAAAGUUGACAUUAAAAUGGAAAACUUUUUUUCAAUCACACUGAAUUAAAUAAAAAAAAUAUAUAUAAAAAGGUCAAAAUACAAUUACAUGAGCUGUAAUAAAAAAAGACAAAAUAUCUGAUAUCUUAAAAAUUGUUGAAGUUUUGAUGCAAGUUAAAAAAAGAUUCCCUGACCAAAGUCAAAUUACCAGGAAAAAAAAUUGUCGUAAAAGUAAAGUUAAAAUUUCAACAAAAAAGUUGAAGUACAAUUUCUGAAAAGUAAAAAAUCUACCAAAAUACAUCAAAUACGAUCAAAUGGCGCAAAUGUCUUAGGCAGUUUGUUGAAAUUCUUGAAAAAGGAAGAAAUUUCUAGAACAAAAACAGAACAGUAUUUUAAUCAAAGUUAAAAAAUUUUCAAAGAUAUUCAAAAUUCAAUUGUGUGUAUUGGGUUAAAAUGUUGAAACAAAAGGUUGCAUUUGAUGGUCAGAAUUAAAUUCCAGGUUGCUUAAAGGCGAUGUCAUACGCCCAAAAAUAACCAUGUCACAUGGCUCCUUAAGUGGUUAAUGGAUAUUCAAUUUAGACUUUUUCCUUUCUAAAAUUUUGACCUUGUUCCCAACAUUAUUACUUUACUCCCAAAGUGCAUAAUAAUAAUAAUAAUAAUGAUAAUAAUAAUAAAAAACAUCCUUCUCUUGUUUUUUUCCUCAUCCCUGUCUCCAAAACCCUUCUGCACAUGCUCAGUUAUGACAUUGUCUUUUAAUAGAAAACUGUAUCAGGUGUUCUCCAUCUAAAGGAGAGGCCACUUCUGCUUAUCAAAUCACCUGCCUAGUGCUGUUUUACGCUCUUAUUUAAAGCCAAGGGGUGUGUGUGAAUGAGUGAGAGGACUUUAAAGUUGGAUCAAUAAAGUAAUCUACACAAAGACACACACACAUACACACACACCACAUCGCCGUUUUGUCAAAAGUUAUUUGAUGAAAACACAUUACUUUACAUAGCAGACUUUCAUUAUCUCUCUUUCAGCGUGUAAACGCAACCUCAAGUGUGUAUGUUGCAGCAAACCUUUGUACCUACACGCCUGCAGACCAUCCAUCCAUCCAUCCAUCCAUCCAUCCAUCCAUGUCAUCCAUGUCAUCCAUCACAGGUGUAGCAGCAAUUGACCCCUUUUCACUGAUUAACUUCCCCAUCAUUCAGCUGACUCUAGUUUGGAUUUAUACCAUGUAUGUGUAUGUGUGUGCGGAGAGCCAAGGUUACAGACCCAUACCUGUGAAACCCACCUGGGACCUGCUCUCAUAACUGGGGACCAUUACCUAUUCUGUUCGCUGCUCUUGGCACACAUGUGACCCCUGUAGCCCCUCUACAGAUGGGCGCUUGAGCUCAGGUAGUCAGUCAGAGCUGUCACAGCUGCCACACUGCAAAAUGGAUGCCUCUGAUGCACCGCUGUCUUUUUACUGUAAUCAUCACACAAACAGCACAUGUCAAUUUACACAAAGAGAGAUAACAUGCCCUUUGUCCUAAAAUGAUUGUUAUUUUAAGCUUGGAAGGGUGAGUUUGAAGCAAAAUAGCUAUUACUGAAGGUCCCUCUGCACUUGAAAAAUGGGUUUAAUAAAACUAAAUUGACCAGUUUUAAGAAGAAGAUGCUGCUACUGUUGGAAGUGAUUUCUUAUUUUGGAGGUAGACCUCAGAAUUGACGGUGGAGUUAACGUUUUGGAGAGACAUGCUCAGCUGGGUGUCACUUUUGAACAAACAGAAGCCAUUCCUCGUGAUUUUCAGAGAUGUUGCUCGAUACACGUCCUGCAUCCCUGAGACAUAAAAAUGUGAAAGGACACAGUAAAUUUACUACUCCUGAGUCCCAGGGGCGUACUUCAUCUUUGCCAUGCAAAACCAUAAAUUGCUAACCAUCAGUGGAGCUGGGGGAGAGACUACUUAAGCUCAAGCCUCUAAUGAUUUCUUUAAAGCCCUGAAACUUUCAAGCUAUAAGGUAAUUUGUCUUACACCUUGUUUCCACUUGUGUACGUGCAUGGUGUCUGUAGGUCCAUAAAGAAACGUGUGAUACCUCCAGUGUUAAAUGCAAGGAAGUGCAUUUCUUUAUGAAUGGAUACAAACCAUAGAGUAUACCUGUAGCUCUGAAGUAGAGAUUCAUUUGUCUCAUAACUAAUGAAUUUGACUGUAUUUAAUAUCAAACUGAUAAAGAUAAUCCUGACAUUUUUAGUAGAUAUGAGCAGUAACAUUUUUUAAUCGUACAAACUCACAACCAACACAAAAACAACUGAGAUAAAGGAAAUGGCGUCUGUGAGUGGCAACGAGGCAUUUUCCACUUACCGAUGUCAAUGGGCAACUGAAUGGAAACCAGUGACAGUCUCUCUGAAAUGCAUCGCCAAAGUUAAUGUCUUUAAUGUACUUGGGUUAGAUUACAAACCGAAAUGUUACAGUGGCUAGGAGUUUUGCAGGCACAUCAAAUAUCACACAGAUUCACGUAGAGAUGAAUGAGAUGAUUUUGGUGGUGUCAGGCCAGUGAAUGUGCUUGUUAGCAAAGAGACAGUGAGGUGGUUGUAGAUCAAUGUUUGCACGGUCGCAUUAGCUUGUGCUACAUCAGUCCUUUUUAUCAAGGGGAGAGAGCGUAGAGGUAGCGUGUGCAUACAAAGUGAGAAAUCGCUGCAUCUUGCGUCUUUUUUGGACACUCAGAGUGUUUGUUUAGUGUGCGUUCUGCUACUCUGUGCACCACUGAUUUAAAGCGUCUGAACCUGUAUUGUUUAGCUGCCCCAGUCAACCAAUUAUAAAUCAGCUGGGGCGGGACUUGUCAUCUAGGACAAUAGAUGAUAGUCGGAUGACCAUCACAGAGACAGAGAAGCUUAUUUUUGGGACAAUUUGUCUGCUGUUGCUGAGUGCUGCCAUAGAUUGUGAGGAAAAACAAAACUAGGGUGAAAACAAAGGGGGUCCUGCUGAUUGAUAUGACAUUAUGGCAAUUUAUGUAUUGAUGCCAAAUUGAUAAAAUCAAGCUAUGUUUUCCCGUAGUAGCAAAGUAUGAAAAUACAGUAUUUCUUUCGUUUCCUGGUAUAUUUUAAUAUGUCUUUGAGUUGAAUACGUCAGAGCAGGAGAUCAAAUACUUCUUGAGGACCUGUAACAUUUCCAAGGAUCCACUCAGAUCAUUAUCCGUCGGUCCCUUGGAUUGACUAAAUUGAAAAGCUAUCAACAACAGUGGAUUGUGGUAUUUUCUCUAUUUAGGAUUGUGCAAGAAAAGGAAAUAUUUGCACAAACUGGAGUCACCUUGGAAAGCAUCAACACAUUUUGGAACAUAAAUGAAUGUUCCUGCCAAGAGAGACAUCGUAGUUAAUGCCUCUCCCAGUGUGUUUCUUAGUUUUACUCUAAUAAUUAAAUUGUACUCUCUUUGUAACUUAAUUAUCUUAGUGUAAAUAAUGCCAAUAAAUCUUAUUGAGCAGUAAAUCUGUUGUAUUCAGUGACCAGAGGGCACGGCCACAUAUUUCAAGCCACUUGUCAAUUUUUAGUGUCUGAAACCAGUUGGAUGCCAGAAGCUUAGGUGAAGAAGAAGUCUGCCAAAAGUCUCCAAACGGAGCUUAAGAGAUUUCAGAGGCGCCGUGUUUGCAGUCGUCAUUGAUAAACAGGCCAGGAGAGGAGACAGCAGGGGCUGAGGAGAUUCGUAAUCCUUCCCCCCUCUUCCUACUGGUUCCCUCUCUGCCUCUCUCUCUCUUUCUCUCUGUGCUUCCUAAUGAGACGACAAUACGACUCCAGCGUCAGGCUCUCCGCGUUGCAUCUGACUUAAUGAAUUCAACAAGAACACUUAAUGAUUUAUUUCAUCUUUGUACAUCUUAGAGAUGUUCUCGUACCGCUCUUAUACCAACUCUUACACUGCUCGCACUGCUGUGUUGUUUGUUGAUGUUACAUGAAAUUUACCUGAAACAAACUGAUUGCAGUAGAUUGGAGCCACAACUGGUAUACCUACCCAUAGUAAAAAGCCAACACCUGGACUGGUAUUGUUAUGAGACUGAUAUUGAUUCUGCUACUGGUGACAGAAGCAGGUCAUUACUGUUUUUUUUAUCAGAGGCAGUGACAGAUAAUACCUGUAUCUGUAUCAAAUACUGAUGAUGUUAUCAUUCUUAAGGCCAAUACUGUUGAUAUUUAUUAGAGUGUGAUACAAUACUGGUUCAGAAACUGAAAGCAGCUUUGAUACAAGAAGCCAAUUCUGAUACUGGUGCCAAUAUUUAAGGCAGAUAUCGGUGUACUGCUGAUACUGAUAUUGAUCCUGGUAUUGCUGUCAGAGGUUUGUAUUAUGCUGGUGUUCAUAAUUUAGCUUGAAACUAGCACUGGUUUCGUUGAUAAGGGUUGAUAUCGAUUCUGGGUUUUGGACGCAGAUGUCAGUAUUAUUAAAGUGGGGACAGAUACUUAUAUUGAUGAUUGAUUGAAUACUAUCACCAAUAUUGGAAUAUCUGUUGAAUGCAAACACAUAUAUCAUAUUUAGUGGCUAAUACCUAGAUUGAUUUAUGUUUUGGUAUUAAAGGCUAAUACUAAUAUUGAUUAUGCCAUUAUUAGCAAAGGCAGCAACAGAUACUGGCAUUAUCUGGGGGCAGAUACUGAUACCGGGGUUGUUAUUAGAAGCAGAUACAGAAACUGGGAUCAAGGCAGGUGGCUUGGCUUGUGUUGAUAUUGGAGGCUGAUUGUUUGACUGACAUCUGUAUUGGAGGCAGACAAAGAAACGAUGAUUAACAUUGGAUGCAGAUAUUGUUAACAUAAUCAAAUGCCAAUACCAGUGUCUCACUGGCAUCGAUAGGAGAAACUUCUACUGGUGUCCAUGUUGGAAGUGGAUUCUGACACUAAGAUGAAUAUCAGAGGCAUGCAGAUACUAGUAUUGGAGCUGGACGCAGAUACCAGAACUAGGAUCGGGAGAGUUGGCAGAUACUGAUACUGAGAGCAGUUACCAAUUCUGGAAUGGAUGUUGGAGACACAUAUUGAUAAUGAUAUUUGAAGGCAGAUUAGAUCCAUAACCAUGUUAGAGACACAUACUAAUAUAUGGACAGAUAUUUGAGGCAGAUACCGAUACUGGGAGGGUUUAUGGAGACAAGCGUGGAUAUUAGUAACAAUAUUGGAGGCAGAUACAGAUACUUAUAGGGAAAUUGGAGGCAAAUAAUGUUGUGGGGUAUUGUUGGCAAAUGUAUUUUUGGAGGGAUAGAAGAGGGAAUAUGGAUACUUAGAAUGAUAAUGGAGGCUUAUGUGGAACCUUAUGGUGAUUUUUAAUGCUGAUACUGAUAAUUAAAUUUACAUGGGCACAUCUUUUGUGUAGCAUUCACUUGUGCUGUGCAAGGGAAUGUUUGUGCGUCAGACACUGUGCUUUACAGAGUGCAUUGGAAGUGUUUUAAGUACAAUCUUAACACCUGAAGUUUACAUCUGCUUGUUGCUAUGCCACGCACUUAUCUGUCAUGCUAUGAAUAAGCGUCUGACUUUCUGCAGUGUGCGUCUGAAUCCUGCUCAGCCACUGAAAUAGCGAGCGGGGAGCCUAUGUGGGACGACUUAAAAAGUACGUCUCAGUGUUAUUGGCAGCACAUUCACUUCAAGCAAGCGGAAUAUGGGUCAUGAUCUGAUAUAAAAAGGCUACUCAAUAAUUCAUCCGAGCUGAUUAGGACGACUUGUAUCGACGCAGACAGUGUCCAUGAGGAAGCAUCAGAAUACACAGUAAAGUGAGCGGGGGAAAAAAGCAACAUUUAGGCUCCUUUGUGGCAUUAGAGUAAGCUAGGGAACAAGCUCAAGCAGCCUGGGUGUUUUAAGCGAGCAGCGUUGGCCUUCUUUGAUGUUUUAAUCUACUCCACGUUCACCCCUCUGUCAUGUGACGUGUGUGUUCGAUUGUGGUUAUAUGUUUGCUGAGAGUGUGUGUGCACGUUGUGUGAGGACCAUCGAGCUAUUAAAUAUGAAAAGUGCAAUCUGUUACCCCGCAGAGACUUUUUUAUUAUUCAUUGACAUAUUUCAAUUAAUCAUUCAUUUACUUAAAGAAUGGCCCACUCUCGCCUUUACCUCACACUCUCUUAUAGGCUAAUGUGUUGAUCACACAUGAGUCCUGUAUAAUCUGGAUUAAUAGCAGCUAUUUAUUAUUCUUCUGAUCUAGAACAUACUGUAUUUGGGCAGCUGUUGGGGAAUGAAGGCAGAGACAAUUUAGUACUACAGUACAUUUGGAGGAAAUGUAUAAUUUAUCACAUUGGGCUGGAUUCUUUUCAAAUCAGGCUGUUUUAUCCCAAGACACACUCAUGCACACACACACACACACACACACACACACACACACACACACACACACACACACACACACACACAGAGUUUUCAGAAGAGAAUAUGAGAUGCAUUUAAACCCAUUAAGGAGGGAGACGCAUUGUUUUUGUCAAACUCAAGUGGAUUUUGGUUGUAAAUGAUAACACACAAAGCUUUACGCAGAUUUUAAAGAUUUCAAAUCCUCCUCAUUUAAUCUUAUUUCUUCGUUCCAAGAAAAGCAGGCUAGAGAUAACACUUCUUGCCAAAAGCACGGUGUGGUUUUAUUAGAGUCUGGCUGUCUGUGACCUGCCUCUAACCCUCUGUCCUCCCUCUUCCCUCCACAAUAACAGACUGGCGGACGUCAGAAAAACAAGCAACGCCAAGCGUCUCUUCGGAGGAGCGAAGGGGAGAAGAGUAG